UAUGCAAACGCCACUAUUGAUGAUCACUCUCACUCUUCAAUUCUCACCCUUACCAACCAUACCUCUUUUUCUAUUGGCCGUGCUUUCUACCCUUCCAAGAUCCCAACAAAAUCUUCCUUUUCUUCCAACCCUUUACCGUUCUCAACCUCCUUCAUCUUCUCCAUUGCACUAUUCAAACACCUUCUCUCUGGCCAUGGUUUUGUGUUCUUGUUCUCACCUUUUGAAGGAGCAAACGGGGUUAGCUCAGCUCAGCACCUUGGCCUCUUCAACUUGACCAACAAUGGUAACCCCAAAAACUAUGUUUUUGGGAUUGAGUUUGAUGUGUUCAAGAACCAAGAAUUCAAUGACAUCAAUGAUAACCAUGUGGGUUUGGAUGUGAAUUCUCUUACUUCUUUGACCUCACAGGAUGAUAUUUGGGUCAGUGGAAAACAUGAUGAAAAGUUUAAGGAAUUGAAGCUUAACAAUGGUGAGAACUAUCAAGUGUGGAUUGAGUAUUCAGAUUCUAGAGUUAAUGUAGCAAUGGCUAUUGCAGGGAAAAGAAGGCCUAAUAGGCCUUUGAUUAGUGAACUUGUGAAUCUUUCUGAUGUCUUUUUGGAUGAAAUGUUUGUGGGAUUUUGUGGGGCAACAGAGCAACUUAUUGAGAGUCACAAGAUUUUGGCAUGGAGCUUUAGCAACUCAAAUUUUUCGAUCGGCGAUGGUUUGGUGACUACGAAUUUGCCUUCAUUUGGUUUUGUUUUAGGGAUCAGUUUUGGAAUUUUUAUCUUUGUUAUUGGUAGUGCAGCCAUGGUGUUUGUUGUUUUGCUCAAAAGAAAAAGAAGCAAAAGAAUGGAGGAAGAGGGAGAUAUUGAAGACUGGGAAUUAGAGUAUUGGCCACACCGUAUUAGUUAUGAAGACAUUUAUGCUGCAACUAAAGCAUUUUCAGAACAGAAUAUAAUUGAGUUUGGAGGUAUGCUGAAGGAUGUGGCUAUGGGGGUAUUGUAUUUGCAUGAGAGUUGGAAAGUUAAGGUGUUGCAUAGGGACAUAAAAGCAAGCAAUGUAUUACUUGAGAAGGAUAUGAAUGCAAGGUUGGGGGAUUUUAGACUCGCCCGGAUGCAUCAUCAUGAGCAGAUACCUAACACCUCUCGAGUGAUCAGAACGGUUGGCUACAUGGCACCGGAACUACUAAGAACCGGGAGAGCCUCGAGCAGCGGCCAUGGCUUCCACCUUGCAUUUUCAUAA